UAUAAAACCCACCAUUAGCUUCUGAAGAGUGUCAGUUGCACAGUGAGUAUUAUUACAACUCUUCGAUCUGAGAGAGUCCACAUCAAUCACUAUCGCGUUUAUUCGUCAGUUAAAAUGAUUAAAUCAAUCUUUCUCCAGACCGUCCUGGUCCUAAGCACCCUUACCUCAGUCCACGGUGCCAAUUCCUCCGGCUGCGGUAAACAGCCCACUCUUGCCAACGGAGUCCACAGAAUUAACGACCGCGAGUACAUCCUCAAGAUUCCUGACAACUACAAUGCCAACAAACCGCAUCAUCUCAUCUUCGGUCUCCACUGGCGUGGUGGAAACAUGGAAUCUGUGGUGAAUGGCGAAGGCGUCGAGCCCUGGUACGGCCUUGAAACUCGAGCGCAGGGCAGCGCAAUUUUGGUAGCCCCGAACGGCAGGAACGCUGGCUGGGCCAACAACAACGGCGAAGAUGUAGCCCUCAUCGACGCCAUUAUGAAGCAGGUUGAAGAUGACCUCUGCAUAGACCAGAGCUCUCGCUUCGCGACAGGGUUCAGCUGGGGUGGUGGAAUGAGCUAUGCGCUUGCUUGUGCAAGGGCAAAAGAGUUCAGAGCUGUGAGCGUGUUGAGUGGUGGACUGAUUAGUGGGUGUGAUGGCGGAAAUGAUCCUAUUGCUUAUCUGGGUAUUCAUGGAAUAAGUGACCCGGUUCUGCCAUUUGACGGGGGUGUGACUUUGGCAAACAAGUUUGUUGCGAAUAACGGGUGCCAACCAGCGUACGUUGGUAGACCCGGACUUGGGAGUCACAGUUCGGUUCGAACGGAUUUUCAGGGGUGCUCUAAGCCUGUUUCGCUUAUUGCUUAUGAUGGCGGGCAUGACGCUGCACCUCUUGGUGUUGGGAAUCCGCUAGCUCCAGAUGCCACGUGGAAGUUUUUCAUGGCUGCUUGAGCAUGGAAUCAGCGCUUGAUAUGGAGUAGGACUGGUCUGUGGCAUGAUGACUGAAUAUGUGGCCCUUGUUAGACAGCUCUUAACUGUAUAAGCAAUGACGCAUGUGUAUUCUAACACGGUCAUCUAGCACAAUGAAC